CGUCAGGCUUCAGCCGAUCGCCUCUCUCUGCCCAUUUUCUUCCCAUCCAUCACCACCGCGACCACUGCGAUCGUCAAAGACUAACCACAGCCCUACCUUCGCCCCACCCCUUCGAGCGCAUCAAAAUGGACAACGAAGAUCUCAUCGACUACGAGGAGGAGGUCAAUGUCCCCACUGCCACCAACGGCGCUGCCGCAACGGCCGACAACGGUGCUUCGGCCGCUGCAGGCGACGAGAAAGAUAGCAAAAAGGGCUCCUACGUCGGCAUUCACUCGACUGGUUUCCGGGACUUUUUGCUCAAGCCUGAGCUACUCAGGGCCAUUUCCGACCUCGGUUUCGAGCAUCCCUCUGAAGUCCAACAGGAGUGCAUCCCCCAGUCGAUUCUUGGCAUGGACGUCGUGUGCCAGGCAAAGUCGGGUAUGGGAAAGACAGCCGUCUUCGUCCUCGCCACUCUGCAGCAGAUUGAGCCCCAGGACGGAGAAGUGAGCGUCAUCGUCCUCUGCCACACGCGCGAGCUCGCGUACCAGAUCCGAAAUGAGUACUCGCGCUUCUCCAAGUACAUGCCAGACGUCCGCACCUCGGUCUUCUACGGCGGCACGCCCGUGGCCACCGACCAGGCCAUCCUCAAGGACAAAACAAAGUGUCCUCACAUCAUUGUUGGCACGCCUGGCCGAAUGAACGCUCUUGUCCGCGACAAGAGCCUCAAAGCGGGCGGCGUCAAGCACUUUGUUCUCGACGAAUGCGACAAGAUGCUUGAGCAGAUUGACAUGCGCCGAGACGUUCAAGACAUCUUCCGUGCCACGCCCCACCACAAGCAGGUCAUGAUGUUCUCGGCCACGUUGUCAAAGGAAGUCCGGCCGACGUGCAAGAAGUUCAUGCAGAAUCCGCUGGAGAUCUAUGUCGACGACGAGACGAAGCUGACGCUGCACGGCCUGCAGCAGCACUUUGUCCGCCUCGAGGAGACGGCAAAGAACCGCAAGCUCAACGACCUGCUUGAUUCGCUCGAAUUCAACCAGGUCGUCAUCUUCGUCAAGUCGAUUGCGCGCGCAAACGAGCUCAACAAGCUCCUUGUCGAGUGCAACUUCCCCAGCAUCUGCAUUCACGCCGGCAUCAACCAGCAGGAGCGCAUUGCAAGGUACCAGCAGUUUAAGAGUUUCGAGAAGCGAAUCUUGGUGGCAACCGACAUCUUCGGGCGCGGUAUCGACAUCGAGCGAGUCAACGUCAGCAUCAGCUACGACGCCCCAGCGGAUGCUGACUCGUACCUUCACCGAUCCGCCCGUGCCGGUCGUUUUGGUACUAAGGGUCUGGCCAUCGUCUUUGUCUCGAGCGAAGCGGACGAGGAAGUGCUCAAGUCGAUUCAGUCGCGCUUCGAGGUCGCCAUUCCCGAACUGCCUGCCUCCAUUGACUCAUCGACCUACAUGUCCUAAUAGCUAUUUACCGGAAAAAUUCUUUGCCUUCCGCUCCCCUACCCUUGUACCACAGCCACAGACCCAGACGGCCAAAUGAUUGGGAUUCAGA